AUGUUGCUCCGAGAGUGCUUAGGCGUACAUGAUGAGGCACAUGAAGAUGCCAAGGUAAUUUGGACGAAUUUGUGUAAUGUAAAACAGUAUUCGGAUUUGGAUGAGGAAGGACAUGUUACGUUCAAAAAAUUAUCUCAAAUUAAUGAUAAAGAAUUGCAAGACGCGCUCGAAAUCCGAUAG